UUUUCUUUUCAAUGCUGGGCAAACUUCUUGAAGAAGUGCAAUAUAAAAAAUCACAAAUUCAAACCCACAGAUUCAAAACAAAUUAAACACCUUGGCCUGGACACAUCAAUUAAUGAUUCAGAAGAAGAAAAUCACAUGAUAGAGUUCAUGGUUCAAUUCCAGGGUGCCAAAACCUUCUCCUUCGGCACUGUCGCCAUACGACAAGCAACCCUGAACAACAAUGCUGGAACUUCAAAUGCCCUCUGUGAGCAGUUGACAACACUUUGCGGGCAUGGGUUACUAAAAGAAGCACUAUAUAUUCUCCGUGGUACAGACCAUAAACACCUUAGGCUCAGUUGCUUCACAUAUGCAUCUCUUCUGCAACUGUGCCUUGACAAGAGAUCCUUACCAGGUGCAAAAAGAGUACAUACCCAUCUAACCGAAACAGGAUUUACUACAAAUAUUUAUCUGGCUCACAAACUUGUAGUUUUGUAUGCCAAGCUUGGGAGCCUGCAAGAUGCUAGGUUAGUUUUGGAUGAUAUGGAGGUGAAGAAUGUGGCUUCUUGGACUAACAUGAUUCAGGCUUACUCAAAGCAUGGCGCUGAUGAAGAGGCCUUGUCAAUGUUUUGCAAAAUGCAAGGGAAUGGGAUUCAGCCUGAUCACUUUACCUUCGCAACUGUUUUACCAGUUUGCGCCAAUUUGGUAGCCAUUGAAGAAGGGAAACAGAUGCAUGGACAUAUAAUCAAGAGGGGUUUUCAAUCUGAUGUGUUUGUUGGGAGUGCUCUUGUUGACAUGUAUGCGAAGUGUGGGUACAUAGAGAAUGCACGCAAAGUGUUUGACAAAAUGCCUAAACGAAAUUUGGUUUUGUGGACUGCCAUAGUUGCAGGAUAUGCAAAAAUUGGGGAUGUGGAUCAGGCCAUGGAGCUCUUUGAGACAAUGCCUGAACGCAAUGUAUAUUCGUGGAGUGUCAUGGUUACUGCAUAUGCCCAGGCUAUGCACAGAAUAGGAAGUUUCGUGAAGCCCUGAAGCUCUAUCGAGAAAUGCGAUUGAGUGAUGCGAGGGCUAACCAUGUGACCUAUGCGAGUCUUCUUAGCGCAUGUGCUAACUUGGCAGCUCUCCAUAGGGGUAAGGAGAUUCAUGGGAGAGUAGUAAGAGGUAGACUUCCAUUUGAUAUCUUUGUAUGGAAUGGUCUCAUAGACGUAUGCUAAAUGUGGUUACAUUAAAGAUGCCUGGAAAUUGUUUGACAAAAUGACUACUAGAAAUGUGGUAUCAUGGACUACAAUGAUUGUAGGAUAUGCCAAGCACGGCUAUUCGAAGGAAGCACUCCAGCUCUUUCAAGAAAUGCAACAAUCUGGCACAAAACCGAACAAUAUCACCUUUGUUGGUGUUUUGUGUGCUUGUUGCCAUGCAGGGCUAGUGGAUGAUGGCAAGCAUUAUUUCAAUAGCAUGACUCAAGAUUAUAACCUUGUUCCUACCAUUGAGCACUAUUGUUGUAUGGUUGAUCUUUUUGGUAAAGCCGGGGACUUGGAUGAAGCAUGCAACUUUAUCAAUAACUUGCCAAUGGAGCCUGAAGAGCUCAUACCAAGAUAGAUAUGGGAGGACAUGUAGCCAAAUGCCAUGAUGAGUGAGAUUCUGGAAAUUAUGUGCAUUUUGUCAAACAAUCAGUGCUUGAGUGCUAAAUGGGAUGAAGCAUGCCAUUUUACCAAUAGCAUGCCAAUGGAGCCUGAGACUGCUGUGUGUGGGGGGUCCUUGCUUGCAGAACCCAUGGCUAUAUAGAAUUGGGAGCACAUGUAUCGAAAUUCCUUUUUGAGUUAGAUCCUAGAAAUGAUGCACGCUAGGUGCAGUUGUCAAAAAUCCAUGCUGAAGCUGCCAUGUUUGUAAGAUCGAUGAAAGACAGGAGUCUGAAGAAAAUACAAAGGUGCAGCUGGAUUGAGAUUAAUGACGAGGUGCAUGCUUUUUUCACAUGAGAAGGAUCAUUUUAUAAAAUUUGGGAGGUUGUCUUUCAGAUGAAAGAAGAAUUGAAUGACAAUCUAUUCUAUGGAUAAUGAACCGGAAUUCUCUUACACCAUGAUGAUACCUCUAUUGAGAUUGUCUAAGGACCAUCCGUUUGUUCACUAGGGGUGUCCACAUAAUUUUUGAGGAAUUUGACCCCCAAAGAUUUGGAUUUUUCUUCAUCAGCAAAAGGUAAUGCAGCCAUCUAAAGUACUUAGUUCUAAAUAAAGAAUGAUUAUACCUACCAGAAAAAAUGGUUGUCCAGGACCAUUGAGUCAGUGGGGAUGACAAGAUAACGAAGAAAUCUAUGUAAAUUACGUUUCCAUUAUCUUAAAUUUUGGUGAUGGCAAACAAGCAGUAACACAAACUCACAGGACAAUCAGCUUGGGCAUAUUGUCAACCUGGUAACCAUGGGUAUGGUUACUUUGGUGUUUCUGGAAAUCUAAGGCCUAGGAACCAAUAUAAUAUUAUAUUAUGCAAGGACAAAUUCUUAUAUUUUUGAAGAUUGUAUAUGGAUAACAUCACUACUUAUUAAGCUUAUUUAGAUGAGACCUCAAACAUUCAAAACCCAUCUUGCCAUACUUUUGUCUUAUCCAACCUCUUGGGUUUUCUUUAAAUCUGACUGUUACUGUCCUUAAGUCAUUUCACACUUUUGGCCACUUUUGCCUUACUAACACUUUUAUUAUGGGAACACCAGUCAAUGUUUUUGGGAUGUUCCAAACCUUGAGGCAUGAAUUUUGUAUAACUGGUAUCACCAUUUGAUUUCUUACAAGUAAAUGAUGAGACUAUAGACAUAUCGGG